AGAUUUUUGUCCAAAACUCAAACUCUUAUAGACUAGUUGAAAAAAUAUCAGCUUUUUUAAACCUGGAUCAGCUGGUUCAAGCCGAUUUCUGCCAAUUUUAGGGUUAGUCGAGCUGCACUUGAUCUUAGUCCAUAUUCACCCGUAACACUAACACCCGGCAACAAUAAAAAAAAAUAAAAAAAGAACCUCAAAAAGCUAUAUAACGCCGCCUACCUGCCUCCAAAGGAUGGAAGGCUGAGAACCAAGGAGAGAGAAAAAACUCUGAGCUAUAGCCAUGGUUCUCUCCGCGGCAGGAUCCGAGCCCGACGCUUCGGUCGACUACACCUUCGCCUCUCGUUACGUUUGUGCCGCCCUUCCUCGGUUUAAGAUGCCGGAGAAUUCGAUACCGAAGGACGCGGCGUACCAAAUCAUCAGCGACGAGCUGAUGCUGGAUGGGAAUCCGAGGCUGAACCUGGCAUCGUUCGUCACGACGUGGAUGGAGCCGGAGUGCGAUAAGCUCAUUAUGGCUGCCACCAACAAGAAUUACGUCGACAUGGAUGAGUACCCUGUCACCACCGAGCUCCAGAACCGCUGUGUAAAUAUGAUAGCCCAUCUUUUUCAUGCCCCAGUUGGGGAUGAUGAAACAGCACUAGGGGUUGCAACUGUGGGAUCCUCAGAAGCAAUAAUGCUGGCAGGACUGGCAUUUAAGAGGAAGUGGCAAAACAAAAGAAAGGCAGAGGGAAAGCCUUAUGACAAGCCAAACAUUGUUACUGGUGCAAAUGUUCAGGUUUGCUGGGAGAAAUUUGCAAGGUAUUUUGAAGUAGAAUUGAAGGAGGUGAAGUUAAGGGAGGGGUUUUAUAUCAUGGAUCCUGUGAAGGCUGUGGAGAUGGUGGAUGAGAAUACCAUCUGUGUUGCUGCCAUUUUGGGUUCUACUCUCACUGGAGAGUUUGAAGAUGUUAAACUACUGAACCAGCUGCUUACACAGAAGAACAAGGAAACAGGGUGGGAUACACCUAUUCAUGUUGAUGCUGCGAGUGGCGGAUUCAUAGCUCCUUUCCUCUAUCCACAGCUGGAGUGGGAUUUUCGGCUACCACUGGUAAAGAGCAUAAAUGUUAGUGGCCACAAAUAUGGUCUUGUUUAUGCUGGAGUUGGUUGGGUUGUUUGGAGGAGCAAGGAAGAUUUGCCUGAAGAGCUCAUUUUCCAUAUAAACUAUCUUGGGGCAGAUCAACCUACUUUUACCCUCAAUUUUUCUAAAGGUUCAAGUCAGAUUAUUGCACAGUACUACCAGUUCUUGCGCUUGGGCUUUGAGGGCUACAAGAAUAUCAUGAAAAAUUGCAUGGAAAAUGCAAGAGUGCUAAGGGAAGGCCUCGAGAAGAUGGGAAGGUUUGAUAUUGUCUCGAAGGAAGUUGGUGUUCCUCUUGUUGCAUUCUCGCUUAAGGACAGCAGCAAGCACACAGUCUUUCAGAUAGCAGAGAACAUGAGGAAGUUUGGAUGGAUAAUCCCUGCAUACACAAUGCCACAUGAUGCCGAGCACGUGGCCGUCCUUCGUGUCGUGAUCAGGGAGGACUUCAGCAGGAGCCUUGCCGAACGCCUCAUUUCAGACAUCAAGAAGGUCCUGGGAGAGCUUGACGCUGUUCCAAGCCAGCCCAUCACCAUUGCCCAUGUAACACCUGUAAAGAAUGCUGAGGGUACUGUUCUUAAGAAGAGUAUUUUGGAGACACAGCAGGAGAUCACUACAUACUGGAGGCGGCUUGUUGAGCGUAAGAAGACUAAUGGAGUUUGCUAAAUCGGUAGGUACUCAUGAGGGUGAUAUCGGUCUCUGAAAUAUGCUUAUUAUUGCUAUAUGUGGGUUGGCUAUAAAUAGGUAUCUGUGGCGAUUUCUGAUUAAUAUGGCCUUUUUUUUUCUAGUAAUAGUACUUUGUUAACGUUUGAGAUAUUAAUGAUAGUCUAUGGAGCUUGGGUUAUCAUGUUGUCUGGGAA